AUGCGUAGCUCAGGGCGCCGGAAGGCCCUGCCCUCCCCGUUCCUCCCUUCCCUGCAGGAAGGGCAAAGAAGGGCGGCCCCCGCAGAGGGGCCGCUCUGUUUUCUAAACGGGACGAGGCAAGGCCGCCAGAAGCCGCCUGCUCGCGAGGGUCCCGCCGUGAGCAGGAAGCGCCUGCUGCUUUUCAGCCUCCGACGGGUUCGGCUUCAGGGGAGGCCGAGGGCCCCCGAGGUCUCUCAGCGCCGUUAUGCGGCGUCCGGGGUCCAGAUCGGGACUCAGCGAAGGCCUCAGCAACUCUCGGGGAGGCCUCUGCGCCCGGCCGGAGCCGUUCCGCUAGGGGGCGGGGGCGGCGGAAGCGGCAGGGCCGCCUUUCGAUUCGUUUUAGAGGAAGGCUCCUCGCUGAAGAAGUUCCUAGACGAUUCGGUGCCCAUGAGCCCCGAACAAAGAGCCAGAUACCUAGAGUCCUACGAAGCCAUCCGUGUGACGCAUGAAUCCAGCGCUCAUGAAGGCCAGACUGAGUCAUCGCCACGCUUGUCAUCCUCCUCAAUCCAGCCUGAGUUUAGCCACUGCAAAAUGACGGCCUCGCCCUUGCGUCGCUCUGCCUCCUUGACCCUGAUCCGAUGCAAUCCCGUAGCCUGUGCAAAAGCCACCAGCCCUGUAGAGGAGGCCGCAAGCGCUCCCGUCUGCCUACAGCAUUGGCGGCCCACAGUCCCUUUAUCAUCUCUUGGGGCCCCUCCGGCCGCACCAAGUAUAGAUGAGAAAGUAGAUCUUCAUUUCAUCGCUUUAGUGAAUGUUGAUGGCAUUCUUUAUGAACUAGAUGGACGCAAGCCUUUCCCGAUAAACCACGGGCAGUCGAACAUCGACACAUUUUUAGAGGAUGCUGUAGAAGUAUGCAAGAAAUUCAUGGAACGUGAUCCAGAUGAACUGAGAUUCAAUGCAAUUGCUUUAGCGGCAGCUUAAAUCACUCUUACAGAAAAGGAAACAGCAUCUAACGUACUGUAACAAAAUUAUGUUUUCACCACAAAUCAGCAAUGAUCAAAUUUUGGUAACAUUGAUGUGGAUUAAAUUUCAGAUUAUCCGUU